CAACAACUUCUACGCCGAGAUCUUCCAACGCAGCUGCAUCAGUUUGAAUUAGAGAACAGUUUGAGGUUUGCUUCCUUUCACGAAAAUGAAUGUCAAUCGACGCGAUGAAUUGACUUGUUUAGGGAUUUUUCCUCUAAAGGAUAGAAAGCAACUGGAAGGUACCGUAACCCCUAUUUUGCAACUUCGAACCAAGUUUUUAGUACCUCCUGAGCGAUUUCACGAAGCAUUGCUUUUGAAUAAGGAUGUCAUAGAUGAAGAAGAAUCGAAGAAUUUGAGGCUCUAUCUAGAGCGUCUUAGCCCACAAUUAGCGCUUUUUGUGAGGAAAGAACGCCCUGAAGAAGGAAUUGAUUCCUUCAUUUUUCAAACAGACAAAUAUGAAUUUGAAGUUUAUUACUUUAAAAGUGAUUGUUCCUUAAAAUUCAACGGCAUUUAUGACCUACAUGAGAAACAAAAGCAAAAGCAGCAAGAAGACGCUGUUCAUGGGCUAAUUGCAAAUGAUCAACCAGAACAGAACAAGGUUUCUCCCACCAGGCUGGAAGAAAAGGCGUACUGGGAUCGCUAUGAUGUGGAUCAACCUUUGGAAAAUGAAAUAGAUGGUGGUUCACACCCGCUACCUCAACAGAGACGAAAUCAAAAAUACGAUCGCCUCGGUCUUGAUACACUGAUUGUAGAGCAAACUUCCAGCUUGUGGAAGGUUUGUCAACAUAAUGGUAUGUCAAUAGACGAAUUCCUGCAUUUUAUCCGCUUCGGUCUCGAGCCAUUUCCAAGGAACUCCAAUCACGCCUUGUCAUUUUUUGGACGUUAAGUCAAGUUUUGUGCGAGACUGAAAUAUAUCAACGCAAAGCUUUCUCGGUUUACUUCCUUCAUAGUCUUGGGUGUUAAGUGAAAUUGCCGAAACUCUUAUAAGCCACUUUUUAUGAUUCUUAAUUGUUCUUGUUUCAUUCUCAUAUCUUUAUUGACUUUGCUAGUAAAUGCUUUUGUUUCGUGUCGGUCCGUGUCUCCAACAAGAAAAGCUAAGUCUUCAUCAACGACUCUUAAUGACUUUACAAGUAUUGGUUCAUGACAUGAAAUACUUAUCCCGCUAAACAACCAGUACAAAUUUGAAGAUCCUUUAUGAAUUAAUACACUUAAGAAUACGUUAACAGUAAGUCCAUUGCAAUUUAGAUUUUC